AUGUCAACCCAAACCACACCCAGUAUCCUCUUCACCCACCAGUCCCCGCAGCAGGGCUUCCGACUCCUCGAACUCCCGCCCGAACUCGCGGAGCUGUUGUCUUCCGAUAACCCCCCAACAUUAGAACUCAAAUCCCCCGAUCCCUCGACGAGCACUCGCAAUGGCUCGAGCUCGACCACGCUCAACUCCGAAUACGUGAAUCUUUGCACCCCGUCUGAGACAUACUCGAUUCGCCAGGUCCAAUCGUCCAACUCGCUGCACAUCCUCCGACCGAGUAACGGCGCUGGAGUCAAUAAAAAUGACCUGCGAAUUGUCGGAGCCGGUGGGACAGAACAGGAAGAUAGCGAGGAAGAUGUCGAUAUGGAUACCGAGAAUGAUCUUAAUAUCGAAGGCACUGUCACGUCUGUCGCGAAGUGUGGAUCGACAUUGGAAUUGCAUAGGCCUGCGGAGGGUUUUUCGGCUAAGCCGUUUUUCAGGUCGUUGCUGAAUGUUUAUGACAAGGGGACUUGGGAAGAUGGGAGUGGGGAGUCGAGUCUGGCAGACGCGGAGGCCACGAGGAUGAGGACAGAAGCCCUCGAUGGCUUACUCGCUGAUGUUCCUGUGUCGAGAGCUCAGUGUAAGCGUGACUGGGUGGAAAUAUGUGCGUUUGUUCUCCCGCGCGGGUCUGCUGCAUCAGGGAAUAAUGGGAUGCCAUUGUGCUGGCUGCCCCCGGCUGAAAUGAAACUGGAAGUGUGGAAAAGGGUUGUCGAGGGUUCGGUGCUGCAAGGGAUUGAUUUGGGGGCGCAGUUCCUGGUGAAGGACCUGUGGAAAUCCGUCCUUGAUGAUGAAGGACUUGCGCCGUUUCCACGUCCGUUAUUUGAGGCAGUUAUUAGGAGGAUCUGCGAGCUACCUGAAGGGGCUGAGCGGGAUUUUGCCGAGUCCGAGAUGAAGUGGGCGAGCAUUGAUAAGCAGGCGUGCAUUCAAUGGGUGGGAGAGGUUUAUCUAGAGGCCAAGGCAACGGGCACCACCUCCGCUAUUGACGAGAGUGAGUUUACAAAUGCUUGGAAAGACCAGCUUCCCGAGUCAUGGAGGGAAGACGUCUCGAAAUCCAUUUUACCCGACAAUUGCUAUAUGCAUCCCGAGCCAAAAACCAUAUGUUUCGCCACUGAAACCGAUCGACAGAAAGUCAAGAAGAAUCUUCCCACGGACACCAAUGCCGCAACGGCCGCUAAGAAAACGAGGAACUGGCAUGAAUUGUUCAAGAACCAGAAGAGACAGAAACGAUGA